UCCAUCUAUUAUGGAUAUGGCUAAAAUAUCCAACUGCAUGUCCUAAUGUGUUUUAAACCACUACAGGUAACGAUCCUUUGUGAAGAAUUGUAAAAUGCGAGUUUGAAGGAGGUCCGUGAAUGCAUCACCAAAGGCGUUGAGGGUCGCAGCUGAAGCCCAGAAAGCAACGAGCAGUUCAGCAGUUUCAACUUGUAGCUCUGAAAUGUGGACAGAGAUGGAAAACAAAAGCUUGGCUAUCGGCCGCCAGACUUUUAUCUCAAAGAUGAGCAGCUAGUAGCUCUUCUCAGCUGCACGAUGGUUUUUGCAAACCUGAGAACAUGCGAUCAAGUCAUAUCAUUAUUUUUGCUUUGAUGUCCACAAAUUGUUCAAUUUUCAGCAGUAAAGUUUCAGCUGUUGCAGUGAGCUGCAGAAUAGUUUUGAUUUUCCUUGUGAUUUUUUUCUUCCCCCUGUUUUUAGUUUAAAGCUCUGAUUGAGACAGCAGGUGCUGAACAUUACCAGCAGUGAUGCUCUGCCCUGCCUGGAAUCACUGCCCUACUGCUUUGUUCACGCAAAGCAGAAUAUUUUUGCUGCAUUUCAGAUGGUUGACCCAAAUCCGAGAGAAGAGCUUUUAAAUGUAAAUGUUUCCAGUGCAGCUGCCACUCAUCCGUCCAACACAGAGGAUUCUUUAACACGGGCCAACGGGAUCAUACCUGGUGCAAUAGCAGCCUCUGUGUUCAUUGCCUUUUUGCUUGCUCUCUACACUGUUCUCUGGAAAAGCAUGACGUCGCCACUGCAACGAAAGAAAAGCAAGAGGAGAGGAAGGGCACAACAGACGGUGUCUGUGUGAAGAGGAUGAACAUGUGUUCUGUCCAGCAUCUUUAAAAACCAGGACAAACAUCAGGAAUCCCAUGUUGUUCUCUGAAGACAAUCUUUAAAAAAACAUUCUGAAAAAAGAAAUGAGUCAGUUGGAUGUGAUUCAUCUGAUCCAUGGUCUGCUGGUGACCUUUGUUCACUCAAAGGCUGAUAAACUGAAACACAGUUUUGCAAGUCAGACUACUUUUUCUCAUGCAUGUAACUCCAGCUGCUCUUCUCUCCAGCGUCCACAGAGCAGAGUGUUGAAAGAGGUUAGAUAUAUUUGUUUUUUAUGUAGGAAUUCAGCUAAAUUGCAGCAAAAUUUUAGCUAAUCUUUUAAAAGUAUCAUUAUUUUGGUGUCUGAAUUUUGCUAAUUCACUGUAAAGUUGGA